AUGUACAAGGUGAGCCACACACGCACGUCGCUACACGUGCCCGCUGUGCCGCAAGGAGCUCACCAGCCCCGCCGGGCUGCGGCUGCACGUCGUCACGCACGGCCAGGCCAACAUGUACAAGGUGAGCCACUACCCGCACGUCGCUACACGUGCCCGCUGUGCCGCAAGGAGCUCACCAGCCCCGCCGGGCUGCGGCUGCACGUCGUCACGCACGGCCAGGCCAACAUGUACAAGGAGCUCACCAGCCCCGCCGGGCUGCGGCUGCACGUCGUCACGCACGGCCAGGCCAACAUGUACAAGGAGCUCACCAGCCCCGCCGGGCUGCGGCUGCACGUCGUCACGCACGGCCAGGCCAACAUGUACAAGGAGCUCACCAGCCCCGCCGGGCUGCGGCUGCACGUCGUCACGCACGGCCAGGCCAACAUGUACAAGGAGCUCACCAGCCCCGCCGGGCUGCGGCUGCACGUCGUCACGCACGGCCAGGCCAACAUGUACAAGGUGAGCCACACACGCACGUCGCUACACGUGCCCGCUGUGCCGCAAGGAGCUCACCAGCCCCGCCGGGCUGCGGCUGCACGUCGUCACGCACGGCCAGGCCAACAUGUACAAGGUGAGCCACUACCCGCACGUCGCUACACGUGCCCGCUGUGCCGCAAGCAGCUCACCAGCCCCGCCGGGCUGCGGCUGCACGUCGUCACGCACGGCCAGGCCAACAUGUACAAGGAGCUCACCAGCCCCGCCGGGCUGCGGCUGCACGUCGUCACGCACGGCCAGGCCAACAUGUACAAGGUGAGCCACUACCCGCACGUCGCUACACGCCAACAUGUACAAGGUGAGCCACUACCCGCACGUCGCUACACGUGCCCGCUGUGCCGCAAGGAGCUCACCAGCCCCGCCGGGCUGCGGCUGCACGUCGUCACGCACGGCCAGGCCAACAUGUACAAGUGCAAAUCGUGCCCCAAAACCUACGCUGUGAAGCGGACAAUGAUUCGUCACAUUCGCAAACGGCAUAUGCCCAAGAAUACCUCCCGCGCCCCAAGAGAGUUCUACCAGAAGUUAGACCCUCGAGAAUGUUGUCUGCCUCUCGACGAAGAAGCGAUGACGAAGAUCUUCGGACCACCAAAGAAGAAAUCCAGCGAAAACGUCAUCAGAGACUUUGUGACGUUCACCAAAGGCUUAAAACUCCCUGAGAAUCCCCCGGCUAAUGAUGGCGCUGAUGACGACGAUGACGAUGAUGAUGACGAUGAGGAUUUGAGUGAAGAGGGAAGCCAAGACAAGGACAGCGAAGGUGAGAGCGAGGUUGAUGAGAAAACGCCGCAGAAAACCGAGGAAGAAGCAGAGUUGGAGCCGACUGACUUUGUGAGCGUUAAGAUCGAGCAUGUGGAAGAAGAUGUGGAGGAAGAACAGUGAAUUGAAUCAAUAUUAGCGACAACUCAAAAUGCUACCCUAAAAGCUUGUAUAAUCUUGAGCAAUAUGAUCUUCAAUCAGAAGUCGGUAUGUCGAGUUAUACAGGGUGUUAGGUUUUUUAAUUUUCAUACAAAAUAAAUUUUAUAAAAUCCGAUUUGUAUGAAAAUUAAAAUAAUUAAAAUGAAGAUAUCAAUUUUCUGACUUCACCACCAUACCAUUUAUAUGCCCAUGUUAACAUGGGCUAGUGUCGGCUCAUAUACCCAUUUACCUAACACCCUGUAGGUUAAAUCGCUCUCGUGCUGUAAGGUUUUUUCCAUUAACUAGGUCUCAGAGUUUUAUGUAACGCUAAUAGUAAAUGUCUUAUUAAUAUCUUGUUAAUGUAGUUCUAAUUACUUAUUAAGGUUCACGUUCAAAUCGUAGUUGUAAGUAUUACAUCUUCUAUUGUUUUAUUUAAAAUCUGUAAAUUAAUAAACCAUAGACAACGUCCAACGGGACUCGCAGAAAGUGAUAGCUCUAUGACCAUUUUACAGACUGUUCCUAGGUAUUAUAAUACUUAUUGACUGAAAAUUAUGUUCAUAUUUGUUUGAUAAGAUAAAUCAAUAAAGUUUCAUGCACCACGUACGUAAUAUGUAAAAUCAGCGUCAAAUAGUCCAUGAAACCCAAAGUAGCCAAAAAGUUCACAACACGUCUUUGUUCUGUGGUGUGAACUUUUUUACCACUUAUGCCGGUUGCAGACCAAGAGCUAAGCUAAGUUAGUUUCGUUUAGCUCGCAUAGCUGACGCAGUUUCCCAUAGAAUUGGCAUAGUUUUCAGUCUACACACGACUAUGGGAAACUGCGUCAGCUAUGCGAGCUAAACGAAACUAACUUAGCUUAGCUCUUGGUCUGCAACCGGUAUUAGGGUGUUACGAACUAUUUGACGCUGACUGUACACUGGUUUAAUUUUGUGUUUUUUAAAUUGUGCAAUAAAGGUUUAGAAUAUUAUAAGUUAAGGUCUCUACAUGGGUUAUGAAUUAUGAUAAACGCCCGAAGUACAGACUUCGAUUAUGGAUUAAAAUGAAAAGUACCUUACUUUUAUACGUACAUAUUUGUUAUAAGUAUUUUAUUUUCUAUUGUUAUUUACGUUAAAUUUUUUAUACAGACUGGUUACGAUGGCGGGUUGACACUGAUUAAGAGCGCUUUCACAUUAGGGCGUUAGAAGCGCGGCAGUUAUAAUGUGAAGGCAUGCAUCCGCUGUCACAUAGUAUGAAAUUUUCGGCAGCGCGACUGUCGCGUGUUUGUCGCGCUGCUAAAUCGCCUAUAAAUGUGAAAGCGCUCUAAACCAAUCAAUAACUUUAGAUAGUAAUUUGUUGAAUAGCAAGCUGAUGGGACCGCAGAAAACAUUCACAUUUUAUUGUCUGGAAACAAAAUGUUGUUUCACUUGGAGUUGCAAACACAAAAUAUUAAAUCAAAGUACCUAUUAGUUAUUACCAAUAUUAUUUACUUGACUUUACGUACAAGUAAUAUAAAAUGCAGUAGAGUAAAAAAAGCAGUAUAGAUUCAAGUAACUAGUAGGUAAAUAAUGCUUUAUGUAUACUUACUUUUAUUUUGAAGUACCUAGAUGAUGCUAUAAUAAAUGAGGUUUAUGUGUAUAUUUCGUACUUUUGACGAAUAGAGUGUAGGUAUACGGUGGUUUUUGCUGUUUCUGUGUCCAAAUAAUAGAAUAAUAAAAAUGAUAUCUCACAACUU